UAUGUUGAUUAUCUGCGCACGGAACAUAGUAUGAAUAAAUCUCUGAAUAAAUCCUUUUCGAAAACAUUUUGUCUAAUUCGAUGAAGAUCUUACUGCAGUAGAAUGCAAUAGUAAAAAUUUAGAAAUGUGGACUUUGUAUAUUGUGAACUGCCUUGUGAAAAUUACAACAUUAAGAAGAUGACAACUGUUAUACUGUGGAAAGUUCUGGUUUUCUGUGGCAUCAUAGGAUGUGUCAAAUUGGACGUUUGUCAUUUCCCCGAGUUUCUACAAAGUGAAAGGAUAGACGGUGAGCUACGACCUUGGAUAACUAGAUCCUGGUGGAUUAACAUAAGAGAUAAUCCUAGGAUGAAGGAACAACAUGAGAUAUAUGUCAAUGGAUCUGAUAUGCGUGUUGUUUAUAAAAAAGACGAAAUUAAUUGUGCACGUAAAAGUCGGAGAUUCACACCAUUUUCUAAAUCAGACAAAAAAGAAGAAUGUGCCAUGACUAAAAAACACCAUGAAAGGAAAUGUAUAUCGCCAGAAAGUAAUAAAUUCAGAAUAGCACAGUUUGACGACGGAGGAAUUGUCUACGUCUGCAUGAGUUUUACCUUACGGAGUAACAACGUUAUACAGGUGACACAAGGAGCUUGGAGAAGCACCAAUGCACCAGAUUUAUGUGAGAAUAUGUAUGUUGAUGAUUGGCCGUGGAUUGCUAGUUGGAAUCCGGAGCCAACCGUUUGUCCUGUAGCUGGUGGCUUUACAUUUCGGACCAAAAGUAGACUGACUAAUCAGGAUGUUUGUAAAGAUGAUUGGCGAAGAUCAAAAUUAGAAAUUGAAUGUCUAAAAGGUGAUGGCAUGGAUUUCUUUGCACCUAAGGGAAGUAACUGCAAUCCGUUUUUAUCCCAGGGAGAAUGGAAGCGUCUGUAUUGUCUAGGAGGAUGGACUCAUGGAAAUUAUACUUUUAUGAUAGCAGCUGGAGAUGAUAAUAACCAUCACUUUUGUAUAAGGUUUCCUGCAAAACCAUAUAAAGAAUUUGUAGCACUGUUAUACUUUAGUCCAAUAUGCCCAAUACAUGAAGACGGGCAGCCCUCAACAGGAAUAGAUUAUUAUGAGUUACAUUUAAACAGAACGGAUCGAGACGAAUGUGAAGACGAAAAUGAAAAGUUUUGCCAAAACCAUGCCCAGAAAGGAAUGUGUGAAAAAUCAAAUAACCGAUAUCUUCCGCACUGCAGAAAAACAUGUGGUCUCUGUAAUAACAAAGAACAUUUCUGGUCAGAGGUUUCAUUUAGUGAGCUAGUUCGAGGAAAGUGGUUGUUGUUUGAAAACAACAAGGAAGAAAAAGUGGUAAUAAAUCGGACUCACAUUUAUUUCUCAAACCUUGGCCAUUUUGUAUGUUUAGAACGAGUAUCUCUUCCUGCACAGUACCUAUAUAAGUUGGUGUCCAACUUUAAUAAUGGCUGCUCAACGAGAUACACUUGCAUUGAAUUGAAACGUCCGCAUAACAACAUUCUCCAGUUCCGAUUAGGUCGCAGUUUUCGAGAGGAUAAAAAUCAUAUUGAGAUGUGUAAUUUUAAAAAGGACACAUAUUCAGGUAGAAUCGAAAGCAGAUAUAGAAGUCCUCAAAGGAGAAAUCUGUUACGAGAGGGAGAGCUAUGGGAAUCACCAUGUGGUCUAUCUGGAACUAUCCCAUUUGAAGCUGUUCUUGGAGGUCACAAAUGUACAGGAAACGUUUCAGAUUGGAAUGCCAUCACAUGUACAUAUAAUACACACGUACAGAUAACUUCAAACAACUGCAUUGGAGUGAAAACUGAAAGUAAAUAUAAAUGUUUAGCUUUUCUUAAUGAUGAAUUUGAUUUGUCAGAGAAAAUGUCUACUCAAAUGAUUCUGACACAAGCAAUGGAUGGAUCGAAUGAAUUUAUCUGCUGGGUGGUAACAACUUUUCCUGGUGAUGAUUUCGAAUACCCGGAAACAAGGAUUUAUAAAAUGCCAAAUUUACAAUGUUCUUCCUUUGAAUAUGUCAACCAACACCUCAUCCGGAAUAAAAAUAACUACUUUCAUUUGUUAUAUGAAAAAAAGUCAAAGGCUACAGUUUGUGAACCUGCAAUUAAUCCAACCCUAUCAAGACCUCAAAAUGACGAAAAUAUAACCUAUAGAGUUAUAGAACAACCUGUUCCAUCAUCUAAAAUUAUCAAAAUAACAGCUAAACCGUCAAUAUUUUCUCAAUCUAAUAGUGCUUCAUGUUGCAGUUGUAAAAUUGUGGCUGAAUAUGACCGUCGUCUUUUACUGACUGAAUCUUCUAUGGUUCAGGAGCAGCUAGCACAAAUGCAAAAUACCAUAGCUUUCCUGAAUCAGACUGUAACCAAUCUGAACCAAAUGGUAGCACAACUGACUGGUGCUCAUGACACCAAACCAGCUUUCUUAGUAAUUUUGAAUGCAUACCCGCGUGUUGGAAACGAUCAGACCUUAAAAUUUGACCUCGUAAAAACAAACGUAGGAGCGGGUUACGAUCCAUUCUCAGGAAUUUUCGUUGCACCACAUCCUGGAACUUACCAUUUUACCAGCGUAAUAUACAAUGCAUUAAAAGGAGAUGAUGAUAAAUUCCAAACGGAUUUAAGAGUAGAAAUAAUGGACAGAGAUACUAUCACUGAAAGCAAAGGCAUGGCAUUACCCAAACUUUUUCGGAAAACAAAGGUGAGAUUCUCAGCAAAGGAUGAUUUAAACCUUCUAAAGGAGGUGUUGGCUGAAAACCCAUACAAGGACAAAACAAAAUGGGAAGUUGUUGCCCAAAACGUGAAGGAAAAUGUUGAUAAAGUACUUAAUGUAACAUCCAGGAGAGAGAGAGAGAAAGGAUACAGUUACUGUAACAAAUUGCAGCAGUUUCAGAAAGAAAACUAUGAAGCACUGAAAAGAUCUGGAACAGAAGAAGAAUACACAGAAAAACAACAACUUCUUCAAGAAAUUCAGUCAUUAGCUGAAGAAGAAGACAAAGAACAGAAGGAAAAAGCUCAACAGAAGGACAAGGCUGAACACUCUGCAAAACUAAUCAGAAAAGGGGCAAUGGAAGCCCUUACCCCAGUUAAGAUCUUAAAUGACAGUGAAGGUGUAACAGUAACACCCAGUAAGAUCACCAAAAUAAAGGGUAAUGAAUCUAUUAUGUCGUACCUUAAAGAAAAAUGUGAUGUCGAAAAAGACAUCAAAAUGGCAGAAGUGAACAUACGGAAAGAGGAAUUGAAGUUGGAGAGGGAAAGGGAAGAGAUGGAAAGGGAAGAGAGGAAACAGAAGAUAGAAAAUGACAAACAACAACAGCUUUUAUUGAUGGAACUUAUCAAAACUGUAAAAAAUCUUAAAUAA